AUGGCAGGGUCCAAGCCUUCGACCUCCAACUACACCUCGGUACAAUGGUCACAACCAUGUCGUCAAAUAGACUAUCCUGAAAUUCUUUUAGCAACCGAAAACUUUAACGAAUCAUUAGUAAUUGGGUGCAGUGGUUUUGGAAAUGUUUACAAAGGCAACAUCAACAAUGGAUCAAAGCUAGUUGUUGCUGCCAUUAAACGUUUGGAUUCUAUGUCUGACCAAGGGGAAUCCGAGUUCUGGGCUGAAGUUGAAAUGCUAUCCAAGUUACGUCAUGCUUAUCUAGUGUCUUUGAUCGGUUAUUGUAGUUACGAAAAAGAGUUUAUCCUUGUCUAUGAAUAUAUGCCCAAUGGAGCAUUGGGUGAUCAUCUUCAUAAACUUGGUACCCGUCUUUCCUGGCGUCAACGACUCUGGAUCUGCAUUGGUGUUGGUCGUGGGUUAGACUACCUCCAUACUGGUACAGGAAUUGAGUUCGGGGUUCUACUUAUGGAACUAAUAAUACUGCUACUGAUGUGA